UUCAUUCACAUCUCGCUUUUUUUAAGCAUGUUAACGUUUGUAAUCUUUCCAGAUAAACUUAAGGACCGUCUUCUUCCGCCACCCACUCCUCCCACCGAGAUCACAGGAGCAGAAGCUGCAGGAGAAGAUAUACCUAACAAUGAACUUAGUGACGACUCGGAAGAGGGGGGCAUUGGCUACCACCUUCUGAGGCAGGCUGCUGGUCAAUUAUUAGAGGAAAAGGGAAGGCCAGGAGAAGAAGACAAUGCUCAAAAAGACUUGUUGGGAGCUGGCAGGAUGCCACUCUUGGAAAUGCUGUUACUACAGGCACUMGGAGAAGGAGGAGGAGACGACAAAGAAUUACCUGGAGGACUCAAGAAAGGAGAUAAAGUUCGCGUUGUUGAGGGUGAUGUUGAGAGGGCAAAAAAGCUUCAAGAAAAUUAUGGUGGUUGGAGCGAAGCAAUGGAACAGUACCUUGGUAAAGAAGGUGAAGUUCAAGGGAAGGUUCUUCAUGUCAUCAAAGUCAAGUUCCCGGAUGGAGUUUCGUGGUCCUAUAACCCUUCCUUACUCGAGAAAGUAAACUCUGACGGCUCUAGCACUCCUAUUGUAAAUUCAAGGAAGUCAAGACGGGAAGAGGUCGUUCGAGGGCUGUUCCAUAGAUUUGAUGUGGUCCAAAUACCGAAGGAACAGAGUGUGAUGGAAUUAUUGCAAGAUGGACACGGUGGAUGGAAUGAUAGAAUGAAACUCUGUCUGGGGAUCAAGGGAUUGGUGAACAAAGUGGACAAAGAUGGAGACGUGUUUGUGGAGUGUAUUAACGGUGAUGAUUGGACUUUUAACCCCGAAUUGCUGAUCAAGGUGGAGCCCGAUCCCAGUGCCAAGAAAGAAGCUGGGGAUUUUGUGUUAGUAAUGGACGAUGUGGAGACUGUGAAGCAGCUUCAAGUCAAUCAUGGUGGAUGGGUGAAAGGCAUGGAAAAGUGCUGUGGCCAUACUGGGAUCAUCAAGGCUGUUCUACCGAAUGCUCGUUUGAGGAUUGAAGUGGCUCAUGACACAUGGAUCUUUAAUGAAAAUGCUAUUAAACUAGUAGCCAAGGGAGGUAAGAACAGUUGUAUGGGACAGGAUGGUGGGUGGGUGGGUGGAUGGAUGGGAAUGGAUGGAUGA